AUGAAUAGUAGCAAUCAAUUUUAUGAUGACUAUGUUUAUGAGUCACCUCAAAUGCCAACCAUAACUCCAUACCUAUAUGGUAUUAAACUAUCAGAUGGUUACAAUUUUAAUACAAAUAACUUUUUUGGUACUAACCAUAUGUGGGGUUAUCAAAGCAUAGAUUCAAAUAAGAAUAUAACGGUGAAUCAUAAUCAUCAAUCAGGCUAUUUAAAUAGUAUAAAUAAUAAUAAUAAUAUAAAUCAAUCUAUAGGUAUUUUGGGCGGUUACAAUGAUCGUCGUGGGGGGAUAAUCGAUAAUAGUAAAAAAAAAAUUCAAGGUAAUAACGAUUAUUACCCACUAUACAAUAAAAUAUCAAACUCAAUAUCUUCAACUAUUUCUCCUCCUAUAACACCAAUCAAAAUAUUAAAUAAUGAUAAACCAAAAAAUAAUAAUAAUAAUAACAAUAAUAACCACUUUUCUUCAUAUAAUAAUAUAAACACUGUAAAUAUUCAUAACUCAACAUCUUCCAAUACACUACCAAAUAAUAUAAAUAAUAUAAAUAAUAUAAAUAAUAUAAAUAAUAAUAAUAAUAAUAAUAAUAAUAAUAAUAAUAAUAAUAAUAAUAAUAACAAUAAUAAUAGGGAUGACGAUGAUGAUAAUAGUUAUAAUCAUAGCAAUAGUGAUAGCGAUAAUAACAAUCACAUCAAAGUCCCACUCACACCAUCAUCAAUUUCAAAGAAAAAAAAAAAGAAAAAUAGAGCAAUUUGUAAAGGAAAAUUUUUAAAUGGAAAACCAUGUCCCUAUGCAUCGCAAACUGGGAAGCUCUUUUGUUUGGCACACGAUCCCGAUAGACAAUGCCAAGCUUAUGUUGGUAGUUCUCGUUGUUCAAAAAAUACUAUAGAGGCAGGCUCAAGAUAUUGUAUCGUCCAUUGUGGUAGAACUCCACCGUCAAACUAA